AUGCCUGAAUUGUCGCAAGCUCAAGAUAAAGGUACGUUAAGUGAUACUGAUUUGUGUGAUGAAGCACGGCCGGCAUGUGAGUACUGUGCUCAUAGGAAUCGAGAGUGUAUAUAUCCUGAUAUACAACCCAAACUCUCAACGAAUGCUAUUAGUACCAAUGAGCAAGAAGCUAGAUCUUACUCUUUAAGUACAUCACAGUCACAAAAAUCACUCAAUUCUAUGUCUAGCCUCAUUGGAAUAUCAUCAUUUGAGUAUCAAUUGAUAUGUUACUACCAAAAUCUAUGCGAAUUUGACUUUAGACCCCAUCCAAAUCCAAAAAUGAAUGUCUGGUUUAAGGAAACUCAAAGAUUAGGGUUUCAUUCAGAUUUGGUUCGAAAUUGUAUUUAUGCUAUAAGUACAAUGCAUCUAGACAAUCUCGAUUUUUAUGAAUCUAUUAAGGGUUCUAAAUUGGUUCAAUCUCCACAAGCUAUAAAGUUUUUUAACUGUCAUCUAUCUAUAUUCGAGCCUAAUCAAUUAAGAGGAUUUCAUCAGGGUAAGGUACUCUACAAUAAGACUGUUCAAUAUUUUUUGAAUAGCGUCAAGCAAACAAUGGAUAUCAUCAAUGAUAUUGAAUCCGGAAAUGGGCCACAUUCAACUUCACAAGCAAUAGAAAUUUUGAUCUCAAGCCUUAUCAUAUUCAAUCUAUUGCUGCAUCAUCACGCAAUGUUUCUUCCACUAAUAGCACAUGAUCUAUCGCAGCCUAACCUACUAUCCAUAUGUAUGGGAAUGAAACAUGUAAAGAAUAUUAUUGUUCCCUACUUGGAAGAAAGUAGUUUUGGAAUAUUAUUUAAGGGGGACACUACUACGCUUUUGGAUUCUAAAUUGUGUAAUAGAAUAUCCUUGAUAGAACAACUUAAAGAUUACAGGCUUAUUUUGGAGGAAAGAGAUGAGAUUCAGCCCCAUGAAUCGUUAAUAUACAUUGAUUCUAUAAAGAAACUAGAAGACAUCAUGUACAAAAUAAUUAUUCUGAAUAAUCAACAACUCAUAUGGGGAUGGAUUGGAGAACAAGAUGACGAAUUUUAUAUUCUUGCAAAUGAAAAAAAAAAAUAUUUUGCUUGCAAACUACUUUUUUACUAUAGCUCAUUGCGUGUGAUAUUAACAGGUAGGACAAGCUAUCAGGGAAAUACUUGGACAUUUUAUUGUCAUUGGUUUAAAAACUAUAAUCUUGCAAAAUUUGGUCACUGGAGAGAUCCUAAAGAUUUUUCUCUAUAUAAGCUUGUUUUUCUGUAUGAUUAUGAGGUAAAAGAUUUGAACUCAUUCUUGGCAACCAAUCAAAUGACCUUUGAGAGUAAAUAA